GGAAAGUCACCCUCUACUUACUUGUUCAUCAUGAAGAAGCUGAUCCUUUCUCUGACUCUCAUCUGGGCACUCUCCAGCACAGCUCUGGCACUUCAGUGUCAGACUUGUACAGAUGAGCAGUGUUCAACCACAGCGCCAGUCGAAUGUACCUCAGAGACGAUGUGUGUAACAGCUUCCAUUCAAGCCACUUCACUUGGAACUACAGCACAGCAAAUAUUCAAGGCGUGUGCAUCAUCCUCCCUGUGUCCAGUCCCAGUCACUCAGACAUUUUCAGCCAACUUGGGUGUUUCGAGUGCAGUUACAUCUGCUGAGUGCUGCAACACAAAUAAUUGCAACAUAAACACUCUACCAUUCCCUGCUGCACAGACAGAUAACACCCUAAAGUGUUUCACUUGUGACCCGACGACCUCUCAAUGUACUUCUCAAGUACAAUGUAGGGGGGAAGAGGACCUCUGCUUUACAGCGAGUGUGACAAGUGGGUCCAGCACCUCUCCGGCUUUUGGCUGUGUAUCUACAAAUCUGUGUGAAGCUGCUGCAAGCCUGGAUAGCCUUCCUUUCUUACAAAGCGUUGGAAGCAUAAGCAGUGGACCAUCCUGUUGUGGGACCAGUUUGUGUAAUACUGCCAUAACACCUAAAACAACAACCGCACCUACAACAACAACCGCACCUACAACAACAGCCGCACCAACAACAACAACCGCACCUACAACAACAACCGCACCUACAACAACAGCCGCACCUACAACAACAACCACAACUACUACCAGUGAUGCCUUCUGUUUCAGACUGAGUAUGAUCCAUCUGCUGCUCGGAGUCAUAAUCUUUUCUGUCUGUUAGAACAAGGGGGUUUUGACAAAGCACCUAUGCUGCCACCAGAAGGACUCUGAAACAUAAUUAAUUAUCGAAAAUUAAAACUGAAAAUUAAAUGAAAAUGAGUGUAAUAAAAUGGUUAAUAAAACGAUAACCUUUAAGAAAACAGCUGAAACAAUGCUGGAGAUUUUUUUUUAUUUUUUUUAUUUGAGUUUUAGUGUUUCAGCUACAGUAUAUCACUACCAAAAAGGUAUUUAAAAAGAGAAAAGGAUAUUAAAUAACAAUAACAUGAUUUCAAUAUUUAAUGAGAUCAAAUGCCAUUCAUCCAAGCUAUUCAGCUCAGUGUCAAUUUUCAAGUCAGAAUAAAAUUGCAGGUGCAAGUUCUUGUGACUGUGACUGUGAAAGAGUACUUAAGUUGAUUCUCAAAACACAAAAUGAAAACAUAAUGGCCAAUUACAAUUUUUGAUUUGUUUUUUGCACUUUUGCAAAUUAAUUGAUACAUAAAAUGCAUAGUUAUUGCAGUGGUUUAAUGUAA